AUCCAUCCUGUCCUGUCAUCUCAUCGUCGUCGCCGUUCGCAGCAGAAACGGCAAAAGCAGAGCUCGGCGGUUCUUCCGAUCAAAAGUUUUGUGCAGAUUACCACCGUUUCGGUAGAUUUGUUCACAGUAGUUUAGAGAGGUUUAGAGUCGAUCUCAAGUUCGCACAAUGUCCGACAUCCAGACCCUGGUGGAUAUGGGAUUUCCCAAGGAGAAGGCCGAACGGGCCCUUCAGGUCACCAACAACAAGGGUGUGGAAGCAGCCAUGGAAUGGCUGUUGGCGCAUGCCGACGAGGACAUUCCAUCGGCAAGUGGCGAAUCGACUUCCUCUGCGGAGCAACAACCACCGGCCGAAGGAUCGGCAUCGUCGGAUGCGGCACCGGCUGCCACCACUGAAGAAACGGCUGCGGUGGCCAAGUCCCUCAAGUGCGACGAGUGCGGUAAACUGUUCAAAUCCCAGGACGAAGUGGAAUUCCACGCGGCCAAAACGCAGCACAGUAGCUUUUCCGAAUCUACCGAAGAGAAGAAACCGCUGACCGAAGAGGAGAAGAAAGCGCAGCUGGCACUGCUGGAGGAGAAGAUGAAACGGAAGCGCCAGGAGCGGGAGGACAACGAAAAGAAGGAAGCGCAGGAACGGGAGCGGCUCCGGAUCAAGUCCGGCAAGGAUAUGCUGGAGGCUAAGCGCAAGCUCGAGGAACAGGAAAUGAAGAAAGUGAUGGAACAGCGGCGGCGGGAGAAGAUGGAGGAGAAGGCGGCCCGCGACAGGGUGAAGGCGCAGAUCGAGGCCGAUAAGGCCGCCAGGAGGGCGAAGCAAGCUGGGGAAAGCCCUCUUGCUGCAGCACCAGCUCCUGUGGUCACAACCCCAACGGAACCGAACAAACCGGCCACGCCGAAAACCUACACCAAUGCUCGCAUCCAGGUCCGCAUGCUGGACGGUAGCACCCUGGUGGAAACCUUCGACGCCAAAGAGCAACUGGCCGCCGUCCGGUUGUUCGUCCAGCUCAAGCUGGGCGACGGGUCGGCUCCGUUCGGACUGAUGACCAGCUUCCCGCGGAAAGUGUUCGGUGGAGAUGACUACGACAACUCGCUGGAAAUGCUCGGGCUGGUUCCAUCGGCGGUACUAAUCGUGACCAAGGCUCCCUGAGAGAGAAGCUGUCAAUUUGUGAUUUGAAAGGGCGUCGGUGGCAUUUGUGGACGAGUCGUACAAGAUUACGAGCAUGUGUUGGAAGUGGAUCAUAAAAAUAAAACAAGUGGAUUGGUUUGGAAUUAAGUGUUUAUUAGUUUUGUCUAAAAGAUGAAAAAGAAAAAAAAAUC